CGGUAGAUCCGCGGCCUGGCGGAGAAGUCGGGAGGGGACAGGAAGGGAGGGCGGGCCCAGGGCCCUCCUCCGUCUCAGCCGCCUGCGGAGGUGCUGCCCACGCCUGGAGGCCCCCAGUGACCCUCAGACCCGCGUCUGCGCCCCUCUCCCCGCACCCCGAGGCAGAGUUGGGAAAGCAGUGGUCUUAGACCCGCCCCCUCAGGCACUCGGAAGAGAACGGCGGAGACAACCCCUCCUCUUCCCUGGCUGGCGCAGCGCCGGCCUCGAGCUCCUCGGUAGCCGCCGGGCAGGGAGGGCCCGAGGGUGGGCGCGGCAUCCUCAGCGACUCUUCGAAGUCCCUUCCGCGUCUCAUCUUUCAAGGCUGUUGCAGAGGCGGGUUGCUUCCCACCUGUCCAUCUCCAUAAAAGUCCCUAAAGGAAAUAUGCCCACGUGUCCGGAGAUUUUCAGGACUUGGUGCAUUUCACAUGAAGGCUUUUCCAGAAGCUUCCCCGUAGAAGAGGAUCAGGCAUCCAACUGGUUAAGGGAUGCCAGAAGGGCCGUUGGUGAGGAAAUUUCACCGUUUGGUCUCCCCCUUUGUGGGUCAGCAGGUGGUCAAGACAGGGGGCAGCAGUAAGAAGCUACAGCCCGCCAGCCUGCAGUCUCUGUGGCUCCAGGACACCCAGGUCCAUGGAAAGAAAUUAUUCCUUAGAUUUGAUCUAGAUGAAGAAAUGGGGCCCCCUGGCAGCAGCCCAACACCAGAGCCUCCACAAAAAGAAGUGCAGAAGGAAGGGGCUGCGGACCCAAAGCAGGUCGGGGAGCCCAGCGGGCAGAAGACCCUUGAUGGAUCCUCACGGUCUGCAGAGCUCGUCCCCCAGGGCGAGGAUGAUUCUGAGUAUUUGGAGAGAGACGCCCCUGCAGGAGAUGCUGGGAGGUGGCUGCGUGUCAGCUUUGGUUUGUUUGGCAGCGUUUGGGUGAACGAGUUCUCCAGAGCCAAGAAAGCCAACAAGAGGGGGGACUGGAGGGACCCUUCCCCGAGGUUGGUCCUGCACUUUGGUGGUGGCGGCUUCCUGGCAUUUUAUAAUUGUCAGUUGUCUUGGAGCUCUUCCCCAGUGGUCACACCCACCUGUGACAUCCUGUCUGAGAAGUUCCAUCGAGGACAAGCCUUAGAAGCUCUAGGCCAGGCUCAGCCUGUCUGCUAUACACUGCUGGACCAGAGAUACUUCUCAGGGCUAGGGAACAUCAUUAAGAAUGAAGCCUUGUACAGAGCUGGGAUCCAUCCCCUUUCUCUCGGGUCAGUCCUGAGUGCCUCGCGUCGGGAGGUCCUGGUGGAUCACGUGGUGGAGUUCAGUACAGCCUGGCUGCAGGGCAAGUUCCAAGGCAGACCGCAGCACACACAGGUCUACCAGAAAGAACAGUGCCCUGCUGGCCACCAGGUCAUGAAGGAGGCGUUUGGGCCCGAAGAUGGGUUACAGAGGCUCACCUGGUGGUGCCCGCAGUGCCAGCCCCAGUUGUCAGAGGAGCCAGAGCAGUGCCAGUUCUCCUAAGGAGCUGGUGGUGCUCCUCAUGGAACCUUGCCGCAUGGGGAACCUGACGUCUAAGUGUCCAGAAAGGAGGAUGUGGGCAGGGACGGGGUACAGAGGAUAGUGUGGGUCAGAGGUGCCAGUAGUAUAAUAUUCAUCUCCCUGGAGUUAUGUUGAAGGCAGACUUUUCAUAGGGUUAGAUUUUUUUUAUCCUUUUCUAGUUCAGUUAAUUCAUCCUAUUGAAUUGCACCAUCGUGAAAGAUGGGAAAAAUCGUGAUAAUGGGUAAGGGGAAAACUUCCCGGAAGACAAUGGGGCAAGGAAAAAGAAAGCCUAUGGGAAAUGGCUGUGCUCCCAACAUAGCUUUGCAGAUGAUGUGGGGUGUUUUUUUUUUUGGUUUUUGUUUUGAGAGAGAGUCUUGCUCUGUCUCCCAGGCUAGGGUGUAGUGGUGUGAUCUUGGCUCACGGCAGCCUUGCCCUCCCAGGCUCAAGCAGUCUUCAUUUCAGCCUCCAGAGUAGCUGGGACUACAGGCAUGUGAUAUGAUGCCUGGCUGAUUUUUGUUUACUUUUUAGAGAGAUGGGGUCUUGCCAUAUUGGCCAGGCUGGUCUUGAACUCCUAACUCAAGCAUUCCUCCCACCUUGGCCUCCCAAAAUGUUGGGACCACGGGUGUGAGCCACCGCGCCCAGCUAGCUCCUGUGUUUUGUUUUUGUUUUGUAACUUUGGUUGAUGUUAAGGCCCUCCAUUUUGGAAAGCAGGAAAACAGGAUUUUUUUUUUUUUUUAUCUUGUUCCCCUGGAGGAUCCAGGGAUGAGGAUAGAGUGGCCUGAGAGCAGUGCUUGGAUUCAGCCUCCUGCUGGGUCCUUCCUGCUGGAUACAGGCACCAAGAGGCGGGGGUGAAGCAGGGAGCUGCGCCUUCCUGGGGUGCCCGGUGGUGUGUAGAGAAAAGCUGCUUGUUUACUCCUUAAGUCAAUGUAUUGGUGACUCUUGAUAUGUUGAACAAUUCAGGAAUCAAGGGCUGUGGAGAAACUCCCUCAGGUUGUUGGCAACAGGUGAAUGAACCUAGAGCGGUGACAUGAAAAUAAAGCUCACUGUUACUUGC